AUGAGGCCAGUGCCCCCGCUGCUACUCCUCGCUCUGCUGGCUGUCGACGCCCUCCAUCUCGUUACAGCAGGCAACAUCCUACCAGGAGCAGCAGGGGUAGAAAACAGAGGGCAGAAGGUGUGGGCCAGAGAGGGGAGUUCGACUCUGCUGCCCUGCUACCUGAGCCCCAGGAAGCGCGGGAAGAGUAGGAAACAGCUGUCUGACAGGACAUCCGUGCUCUGGAAGCGGCACGGGGCAAGUGCCCCCCAGGAGCUGCACGUGGUGCUGGAGGUGGAGUACACAGGCCUGCGGAAGACGGCUCUGCCCAUGAGGCCACGGGUGUCAGUCUUGGACUCUGCCUUACGCAAUGGCAAUUUCUCCCUGCGUAUCAACCCAGUCAGGAGUGACGAUGCGGGUCUGUAUGAGGCACAGGUGACCUACAACACGGAGGUCCGGAGCUGCCAGGUGGAGCUGGGGGUAGUUACAGUAACCCUCAGUCCACCCAGACCUGUGGUAGAAAAUGAGCCGCUUCUGCUGAGCUGCAAUUCUAGCCACCGGGCCAGUCUGGUGGAGACAUGCUGGUUUCACAAUGGGCGUCCAGUCCUCAACUCUGGGACCUUCUGCUCCUUGCAUGGGGCUCUCUACAUCCUCCGGCCCACUGUGAGUGACUCAGGAUCCUGGCACUGCCAGCUCAGAUACGCCGAUAAUGAAAUCGUUUCUGCCACACACAGUCUGCAAAUUCUAGGUUUCGAUGGCCCAACCAACCCUGUGGUCUAUGCCGCAGCUGGCUCUGCAGUUGACCUGCCAUGCACCCUGAACUACCUGCCCAGUGCCUUUGGGAUCCAUGUGGUGAAAGCCCAUUGGAGCCACUUUGCAGGAGGACACUUGCAGAACUGGAGCAUCUUGCAGAACCAGAGCAACAGAAGCUUCCCCCUUCAUCUCCCCGUGGUGGGGCCGGUUGAUGCAGGGCGGUAUUGCUGCGCUGUUGCUGUUGGCAACAAGAUGCUCAGCAGGGACGUGACCUUGGCAGUGAUAACAGUCACCCCAGGCAUCCAAGGACCAGUUUCUGAGGGAUCUCAUUUGCUGCUCACCUGCAGCCUUACACAUCCCCAGGGACAUGAACAUUUCCAGUGGAAGCACCUCAGUUCUGCCUCUGCUGGCAAAAAGUUGACUGUGGCCACCUCCCACAACCUGAAGGACAGCCGAGUCCAGACUGGCCCUACCUUGGAAAUACCCCAAGUGUCACAAAAGGAUGUGGGCAUCUGGGAAUGCAGUGUAUAUGGCCCAGAAGGCAGACUAGGAUCAGUGGAGUAUGGACUGCAGAUCACAGGUGCCCAGGUCUCCAGCCCUCCCACCAUCUUCAGUGGUCAGGUUACUUUUGGGCUCAUGCUCACCCUCUUCUUCCUGCUUAUGGUCUGUGUUCUGGCUCUGGGACUGCAAAAAAGGGUGCGUCUGCCUGCUUCCUUCCCAGCACUGGAACGGAUAGAUGCAGUCACUGUGCCAAAGGAGAUGGAAGAGAACCAGAAACAGACAAUCCAGCAAACAGAGUGCUGAUUGGAGCAUGGGCACCAGGCCUGGUCUGCAUGGGAGGAUGAAGCCCUGUGUGCUGUGCUGAAGAGGAAUGGGCACAUGCAGACCUCUGAGGAGGGUCUAGGGAUGGCAUGAGCAUUUCAGGAGACCGUGGGAGCUCUGCACCUGCAGAAAGGCUGGGAAUUGCAUACCAAGACAAGAUGAAAGCCACCACUGCAAUAAGGGAGCAGGUAGCACAGAUGCUUUGGAGCUGUUGGAAGCAUUUGGGCCAGCAGCCAUCGCCUGCUUCAGUUUCACUUCUCUCUCCCAGCUCUUGCCCCUCCUUACUGCCCUCUCAGCCUUUCUCUGCUGGGCACUCAAAUGCAGGAGGCAGCCAGAGCCCAGCUCCCUGACAACCCGUUGGUGUUUUCUCCCCAUGCCCAGUUUCUCCUCCCACUCCCUGCACUGCCCUGCUCCUGCACUCAUUCAGUGGCAGAAGGGAUCCUACAGAGAA